CUCUGGAGUGGCAAAUGUAUCAGAUGGCUCCCUCUUUGUGGCCGCCUUGCGGGAUCCAGCUGUCAAACGUAUCGUUCUCACAUCUCCACUGGUCGAUGUCCCGCCUGACACCUGGGAGGCGGUCGGCGGCAACCUGCCCAUCCCCAUUACCCGCAAUUUGACGUUGGAAGGAGACGAGGCGGACUGGCCGCUCCUGCGCCUUCACUACGUGAGGGACGUGGUUCGGCUCAUGGACACGGUCAUCUGGGCUAUCCGCUUCCUGUUCCUGGACAGCGCAAACGGAGACAACAUCUAUCGUGAUCAGGGCAAGCGACGGCCCCAUCAGUUUAUAGCACGUUCAGCCAUGCAUGGCAAACUGAUUGACCGGUGUUGCGCAGGCUUUUCCUUCCUGGCUCCCACGUUGCCAAACCAAGAGUCAGAAAUGCAGUAUGGGCCAGCAGCCAUGUCAAUGAGGUUCUGCUUCCCAUCCAAACUGAAGCUACAAACCGUUAAGGCAGUCGAGAGGCCGGCGAAAUACCCGAAUGCCAAACAGCUAAUGGUGCUGAAUUACCACUAUCCGGAGGCCUGCGUGGCAGCUUACUUGCCUACAGGUCACAAGUUGUUGUUACAGAGUGGGAGGCUUCUGGGUUCUGGGUCUCCAAUCAAACACAUUUGGAUUGUCGUAUCUAGGAUUGAACUCCAUACACACUAUGACGACGGGUGA